AUGGACGAUGAAAUUACGCCGGUCGGUGAGACACACAGAACGCCAGAAUUAUAUGAAUCGGUAAUUCCAGAUCUUGCACGCCUACUUCUCAGUCAGCACUUGCCAUCUGUGGAUGGCAAGGGUGUUACAGUUGAUGAAUUCGCCGCUGUAGUAGAGAAAGCAACAGCAAAUAUCCACAGCAAGAGAGUUUUUCUUCAACUCCAACUACUGCGACCAGAUUACGUGCAAUUUCUUGUUGAUCAGCAAGUUUGGGAAACCUUCUGCGGAACUCCAACCCAAAAACACAAUCCACACUACAGACCGUUUCCAAGAAAAGAUCCUCGAAUCGAUAACCCUCUUCCUCAAUACUUUGACCCCAGCGUUCUUACACCCGAUGAUUAUGGUCUCAUAUAUCGAAACAAUUUGCACCCAAAUUGUCCCAACUGUACCUGUGGCACCAUUUCCCGAGGCAACCCCGAGAACCAAAGCAUAUAUGAAGAUGGGGGUGUUUGGUUGACUACACCUAAAGAGGAGUACAAUGCUUAUCAAGAUGAUGUUACUAAGUUUUGUGAGAGACUUGAAGAAAAGUCGAAGAGACUAGGUUACAAAGACCUAGAUGUUCGGUGGGAGAGGGAGUGUGAGAUUGAACAGGCUAAGGAAGCUGAAAGAAUCAGAAAUGAUAAAGAGCAAAAGAGAAAGGCGGAUAUAGAGGCAAUUAAGAUCAACGAAGUGGCAAUCAUAGAAAAUGCAGAAGAAUCACAAGAGCCAAAGAGAAAGAUAGAUCUAGAGGCACAUAAGAUCGACGAGGUAGACAUAUUGGACAAUGCAGAGGAGCCAAAGGAGUCAAAGACGAAGACAAACUCCAUGACAAAGAAGGCGAAGGUGAAGAGUGCGAAGAAGCUUUGUUCUGGCUGUUUUUGCAUGUAG